AUGUAUUCCAGCGGCAGCGAGGACGAGGAAGAAGAGCUCUUCGGCAACGGCGGCCGGCCGGCCGCCGACGAGGCGAGCGAGGACAGCGACGGCCCGCAGCCGAGCGCCUACGACCAGUCCUAUGGCAGCCUCGGCGGCGACGUGCUCGGCGAGCCCGACGCGCCGGCGCAGGGCAGCCCACGGCGCCGGCGGCGGCGCGCCGCGUCCGGCGACGACGACCGCACGCCGAGCCGGCUCUUCGACUUCCGGCGCGGCGCGGACCACUGGCCCGCGGGCUGCGAGCUCGUCGACCCGCGGCGCGGCCGCGACCUCGCCGAGGCGGCGCGGCGCGAGGCCGAGUCGAGCGCGGAGAAGGACGCCGACGACUUCGGCUUCGACGACCGCGACCGCGACGACCUCGACGACUUCUUCGAGGGCGACGACCGGCCGCCGGCGCUCGGGCCCGAGCCGCCGCCGCGGUCCGGCGACGACGACCACGAGGACCCGAGCAAGCCCGCGGCGCCGCCCGCCCCGUCGACGCGCGCGCCGGGCCACGCGACCUACCGGAGGCUCAAGGACGGCAGCCACGCGCUCGAGAUCAGGCCCGGCCACCGCGUCAAGCUCGACCUCACCGCGCUCGUGUCGCAGGGCCCGGACGCGCGGGACCCGCGGCGCGGCGACGGCCGCGGCGCGCGGCGCGGCGACCGGCGCGACGCCGCGGGCGCGCGCGGCGACGCCAAGGGCUGGCGGCCCGCGCGCGAGCUCGUCAACGACUACACCGUCACCUUGGACGUCUUCUUCGAGGAGCCGCCGCCCGCGGGCGGGCUGAGCCUGUUCCAGACGGCGCUCGUCCACUGCGAGGAGAGCCGCGGCGGGCGGCGGCGCGCGCGCGUGUCCGAGGGCGAGGCGCUCGUCAACGGCGCGGGCGGCGUCGGCGCGCUCGGCACGUUCGGCGACACGGCGAAGGCGCGCGUGGAGCCGGGCCGCUGGCAGCGGGUCGUCGUCUCCGUGCGCUGCGGCGGCGGCGGGGGCUCGGGCCGCAGCGCGGGGGGCGUCAAGAAGGGCGAGGUCCGGACCUACGUGCAGGCGACGCCUUUGGCCUUGGUGCGCCACGAGCGCGUCGCGGCGAACGAGCGCUUCUCCCUGCGCUCCGACGGCUUGUACCUCUUCUCCUCGCGGUCCGAGGCCAUGAUGCCCGGCGGGAUCUUGUUGCGAACCGCGCGCGUGGACCUCAAGGCCUUCGACGACGGCGCGGUGCGGCGCCAUCGCGCGCGCGACAAGGUCUUCUCGGCCGUCGCGGAGGACGACGCGGCCAAGGUCGACGCCAUGCGCGGCAAGCUCGCCCUCGCCGAGCUCUUCGCGAAGCCGCGGCCCGCCUGGGACGCGCCGGCGAUCGUCGCGGCCUUUGGGGACGCGCACGUCGAGGGCACGAGCUUGGAGGCGUCGAGUUUGCUCGCCUGGAGCCACGCGGUCCUCGACGUCGCCCUGCGGCGCUGCCUGCGCCAGCAGGCGCCCUUCCUCGCGGGCCUGCCGCGGCUCGCGGCCCAGGCCGCGGCCGACGCCGCGCACGUCUUCUCGCGGUCCGCGCCGCUCAUGAAGGGGCUCGUCCGCCUCCUCCGGAACCCGGGCGGCCCCCAGCUCUGCGCCUGGCUCCGGGCCAUCAAGAAGAAGCUCACCGACGCGGACGUCGGCGAGUCCCUGCUCCUGCCGCUGCUCGUCGAGGGCCGCGAGCUGCUCCUGGUCGUCGAGCGGCCGUCGGAGCGGACGUUCACCGUGGUGGUCGUCGCGACGGCGCCGACGCGCGCGCUGCGGCACCACGCCGUCGACGCCGCCGACGGCCGCAAGGUCAAGUUCCGGUCCGCGCUCGUCCUCGCGAACGUGCCGAAGAAGAACGCGCUCGACGACGUCUUCUGGGCCGCCGCGUACAACUUGGCGGUCCACGCGCACGACGGCGACACGCGGCGCUUCUACGACGUGCUCCUGCCCUUCCUCACGGGCAAGACGUUGGAGGCGUCCCUCGUGGAGGCGGAGCGGGACGCGCGCGACGGCGGCGAGCCCGCCGGCGACGGCGACGACGCGUUCGACGCGCGCGCGGCCGCCGCGGGGCGCCGCGGCGCGUGGCGGUCGCCGCAGCGGUCCGAGACGGCCUACGUGCGCUGCCUCUUCGACGCCCUGCACUACCUGAUGCUGCGGCGGGGCUGCCGGAGCCGCGACGCGAAGCAGGUCCGCCUGGCGCUGAAGGCGCAGCUCGCGGACUUUGUGGCCCGCGACCUGCGGGUCGUCGCGCCGGACGCGAACGGCGCCAAGGUCGCGAGGCUCGUCGCGACGCAGCUCGCCUACGGCGCCGCCAAGUUCGCCGCGCGGCCCGACGCGCCGGCGGGGUUCCGCGACGGCGGGCCCCGGGCCGCGCGGGCCAUCGCCGAGGGCAUCCUCUCCGAGGUCGGCGACGGCGCGCGGCCGCGCGACGGCAACGUCGAGGUCGACCUCGACCUCGAGGCGUCUCUGGCGACGCAGUGGCGCGACGCCCUGGCCUGGCGCGUCGAGCCCUGCGCGCCGGACGCGGGGAAUGCGGCGACGCUGCGCAAGUACGCGGCGAUCGACGCGCUUGCCGUGCCCGAGGUCGCCGCAACCUUCGAGGAGGCCCUCGAGGCGCUGCGGACCUGCGACCGGCUCUGUUCGCUCGUGGACAACCAGCCCCACGCCAUCAAGAACGACAAGCUGCUGAUUCUGGCGCUCGUGCAGCACACGCUGACGUGCGCGGUGCCGACGCCGCGGCCGCGCGCGGACGCGUCGUCGCCGGCCGCGGGCCGCGCGGCGAAGCGGCGCAAGGCCAAGAAGGAGCCGGAAAAGGCGGCGCCGGAGGCCGUCCCGACGGACUGGGCGCCGGGCGAGGCCGCCGAGGCCGCGGCGACGGCCGCGGACUGCCUGUGGGACGGAGACUGCGACUACGCGACGCAGGUCGAGGCGCUUUUAACGCUGCGGCGCCUCGUCGAGCACUUCACGGCCGCCGUGCUGUCGACGCAGCAGGACCGCGCGCUGGAUCUCGCGUGCCUCGUCGUGCCCGGCGCGGCCUGCGCGAUCGCGGACGCCAUUCUACGACGCCGCGCCGCGGACGCGCCGAGCUCGUUCUGCUGCCAGCUCCGGGGCCAGCUCGCCUGCGGCCGCCAGCUCGGCCACCGGGGCUACGGCCUGUCCUGCGAGACCUUCGCGUCCCAGACCGCGGCCAUCGAGGCGCACGCGCCCGCGCUCGCGGUCUGCCGGUCCGCGGUGCUCGACUACUUCUCGUCGCCGGACCAGCGGGGCCUCGAGAAGAUCAUGGCCUUCGAGGACGCCUUCGAGUUGCGGCCGGGCCGGCCGACGGUGGCGCUGCUGCGGAACCUCUGCCGCGAGCUGUCCUUGGCGACGCCGAACCCGCACCUCGAGCUCUGCGACGCGUUGCCCUGCACGUCGAACGUCAUGAAGAACUUCCCCGAGAUCGCGCCGUACCGCGACCUCAACUUCUUCUGGAAGUUCUUCCUCAACGCGGACCGCGCGGCCUUCGCCAACUACGUGCCCUCCGACGACGCGCCGGCGGCGCCGGAGCGGCGCGGGCCCGGCGGCGGCGGCCGGCGGAAGCGGAGCUCGCGCGACGCGCGGUCCGUGAGCCGCUGCGACCGCCUCGGCGCGCAGCUCACCUGGGGCUGGUCCGCGGAGGAGGGCGGCUACGCCGUGUCCAUGGGCGGCGCGAGCCUCCGGUGCCGGCCGGACCCGGACGCGCUCGACCCCGUCACGGGGCGCAAGAUCCCCGAGGACGACGCGCCGAGGCACCGCUACCCGUCGCGCGCGGACCCCGGCGCCUACCUGGGGCCCGGGCUGUCGGCGAAGCAGCGGCGGAACAUCACGGAGAACGACAUUUUGUAUCGACCGUCGCUGCCGGGCUUCCAGGACUCCAAGGCCGACGACGUGCCCGCGCUCGGCCAGCGCGACGCGGAGCUGCUCCUGAGCUACCUCACGGUGCCCUACAUCCGCCUGCCGCUGGUCCUCACGUUCUUCGCGUCCGAGGACCGCGUCCACAAGCUCGCGAGCCGGCCGCUCCGGGGCCUGCUCGACGCCGUGCUCUUCGAGCCGGGCCGCCACCUGGGCCUCGCCGCGACGGCCGUCGCGCCGGAGACGGUGCCGACGCCGCGCAACGAACUACUCGCGACGCCCCACGGCCACCUCCUGGCGGAGCUGCGCCGCGCGCCCGCGGCGGUCCUGGGCAACGUCGUCGCGUUGCUGCGGGGCGCGCGGGCCCUGGAUACGGGCGCGGUGUGCGACGCGGCGUCGGACGACUUCAACGGCGGCGUCGGCAUCAUCCUCUACGCGGCGCGCCUGGGCGCGCGCGUCGCCAACUUCGUCGCGUUCUUGCUCGCGGCGCGCGACGGCACGGCGGCGGUGGCCAACGCGAACGCGACAUGCCUCCGGGGCGUGCCCCUGCGCGACCUCGACGUGCCCGGCGGCGUCGCGGCGUCGGCUCUGGAGGCGGGCGCGGCGCAGCUCCGCGCGCAGCUCGCGGCGUUCGGGCGGCUUCUGGACGAGUACCUGCGGACCUUGGACGCCCAGACGCGCGCGGCGCCGGGCGACGAGGCCCUCGUGGACCGCAACUCGCGCCUCGCCUGCGACCUGCACGCGCACCAGCUGCUCCUGCGGCGCGACGCGACGGACGACGCGUCGGUGCCGGGCCUCCUGGGCAGCUUCCUAUUUCUCACGACGCGCCACACGUUCAACAAGUUCCGGCGGGACGACGGCAAGAUUCUCGUGCCGGAGUUCGAGCUCUACGAGCUGCUCCAGCACACGCGGCGGCGGCUCUGCGCCGCGGCGGCGGCCGCGGACCAGGCCGGCCUCGACGCGAUCAUGGCGCCCGCGCUCGCGACGGCGACGUCGGUCACGGGCGCCUUCGUCGACGGCGACGGCGACGCGUCCACCGACGCGGCCUGGGGCCGCGUCGCCGGCGCGCGGAACCGGGGCCGCUACACGACGACGGCGCGCGGCGACGCGGGCGGACCCGUGCGGUCCGUCGCGGACUCGUCGGAGCUCGACGUCGAGAUCGACGCGCAGAUCGGCCAGCUCACGCUCCGGGGCAAGCACCUCGCGGCCCUCGAAUCGGCGGUCGCGGGCUACCGCGACGUGCGCGUCGUCUUCGGCGACGCGGCGAUCCAGGCGUCGCUCUCGGAGCGCGCGGAGCACCGCAACGUCUACCGCCUCGUGGGCCUCGACCACAGCAUCGAGUGGUGGCCGACGCCCCACGGCGACUGCCCGUCCAUCCCGGACACCUACGGCCGGGAGUACGACCCGUCGGAGCUCUUCGAGAGCGAGCUCUGGAUCCCGCGCGUCUUCGAGCCGCUGCGCCGCGCGUUCUUCGACGGCCCCCGGCCCGCGCCGAUGCAGUUCCUGCUGCCCGACGACCCCUUCCCGGCGUCGGCGGAGGUCGCGGAGCUGCUGGGGCUGCACCAGCGCCUCGGCGGGCCCGCGAAGCGCGUCGUCCUCUUCAAGCGGCGGCGCUGCGCGCACGUCUACGAGCUCUGCACGCGCGGCCGCGAGUGGCACUGGUCGCUCCACCUCGCCACGGACGCGCGGUUCUGCCUCGCGGCGCUGCAGCCGUCGAGCGGCCGGCGAAUGGCGCCCUUCCCGCCCUGGUGGACCCACGGCGGCGGCGCCGCCUACCCCGUGGGCGUGCUCGACCACGUGCCCUCGGAGCUCGACGGCGACGGCCGCCACGAGUCCGUCGUCAUCCGCCGCGACGCGGCGCACGCGGACAACCUCAGCGGCGGCGUCGAGACCUACACGCCGCCGCGGCUGUUGCGGGGCUUGAUCCCCGAGACGCUGCUCGACGACUUCCGCUUCUGGCGCGACGAGUCGGACCCGGCGGCUUUCGGCCGCGAGGUCUUCCGCGGCUACGCGCUCGACGACGGCGGCGACGACGACGACGACGACGCGGGGUCCAAGGAGGCGUCGGACGAUUUGAUAUUGGUGGAGCUCGUGGACCACGGCGGCUGCACAGCGCUGACGUGCACGGGGCUCGUCGGGCGGAGCGCGCGCGUGUCGCGCGUCUCCAAGGCCGCGGCGAAGCGGCGGCGCGCGGCCGUCGACGCGCUCGCGGCCCUCGUCGCCGACGUCGGCGUCCUCCGCGUCGCCGCGCAGUCCGCCGAGCCGCGGAAGCGCCGGGACAAGGCGCCCCCGAAGAAGCCGGGCAAGGUCGAGGAGCUCGCGUUCCGGGAGGGCGCGGACGUCGAGUGGCGGAGCGCCGCGGCCGCCGCGGACGAGGCCGACAAGUGGCUGCCCUGCGAGGUCGUCCGCGUCGACUACGGCAAGCGGACCUACGACUUGGAGUUCUCGGGGCCCUACCAGUACCUGGGCACGCAGCGCGGCGUCAAGCCCGAGGACGUGAACGCGCGCGGCGCGAACUCCGAGGCCAAGGCCGAGGGCGAGGGCCAGUGGCGCUUCGCGGGGCUCAGCGACUCGGAGGACGACGACUGGGCGAGCGACGGGCACGAGAGCGACGACGCCGGGGACGACGGGGCGCCGGCGGGCGCGGGGCGGUCCCUGCCCUUCGACGUCAGGGCGCGUUUAGGAGCGGUUUUCGACGCCGCGGGCCGCGACGGCGGCGCCUGCGCGGGCGCGGUCAAGGCGCUCGCCGCGGCCGGGCGGACCUUCGACACCGUCGCGGCGCUCGUCGACGCCGUCGCGGCGCACUGCGGCGCGGCGCCGGCGGCGGACGACGGCGAGCUGCGCCUCUUGGACCUGCUGCACGCGCCGCGGAAGUCGCGGCUGUUCACUUUGGCGGGCACGCUCGCGCGCGUCGAGUGCCUGAGCCACGUGCUGGCCUGGACGCGGGCGACCGGCGGCGACGACGACGGCAUCGCCGCCGGCGUGCCCGAGUUGAGCUUGGUGGAGCUGCCCCGCCUGAAGCUGUCGUUCGCCGCGCGGCGCGACCACGCGGGCGCCUUACGAUUAUUCAGCGUCGACCACGUGGACCUCUUCGUCGUGCCGGACCAGCGCGCCGCCGCGGCCUUCCCGCUCCUCGAGGGCAUCGACCACGCGCUUUUACUCUCGAACGCGCGGGGCGACAGCUUCGCGCUCGUGCCCGUCGUCAUCCCGCGGCGGCCGCCCGUGCGGACGCAGCCGUUCUCCGUCGAGCUCGUGCUCGACCGCGAGGGCACCUACAACGGCGCCUACGACGGCAAAGAGCCCUUCCCGUCGACGCGCUUCUUCCUCUACGCCGUCCACGUGUCCAUGGCCUUCCUCAUGCCCCGGGGCCUGCCGUCCGCGCUCUACCUGCUGCUGCUACGGCUCCUGAAGCGCGACUACGCGGGCGCGUUCCGCCUCUGCGACUCCGUCGCGUCCGACGUCGCGCUGGGCGUCGACGAGGCGGCGAUCUUCACGGCGCUGGGCGAGGCGAACGACGACCGCGCGCCGGAAGCCCACGCCGUGCGCCUGAAGGUGUCGCUCGUGACCGCGGAGUCGGGCGAGGCGUUGCCGUGGGACCUCACGACGGAGCUGAGCCGCUACGUCGCCAAGCUGCCCCACGUCGGCGCCUGCUGCCGUUUAGCAUUACGCGACGAGCUGCGCCUCCUGGAGUCGCCGAAGUGCGCCGUCGACGAGGACUCGGCCGCGUACUCGCCCGCGGACCGCGGCCACGAGCCCCACAUGCUCGCGCUCUGCCACAACCGGCGGAGCUUCCUACGGGCUUUGGCCGCGGGCGAAAAAACCUGCGCCGUCGCGACGCCGCCGCGCGAGCGCACGUCCGACGGCUGGCCGCUCUACGCCGACGAGACGUGCUUCGGCAUGUCCUACGCGGAGGCCGCGGACGCGCGGUCCGUCGACGAUUUGGCGCGCGCGUCGCGGCGGCUCCCGGCGCGCGACGCGCGGGAGAAGGACGCGGCCCCCGGUGACGGCGCCGCGCCGCCGGCGCCGCCGGGCGGCUGGCUCGUCGUGGCGGCGUUCACGGCGUCGUGGUCGUCCGCGUGCGCGUCGCUCGUGCCCGCGGCGGAGGCGCUCGCGCCCGCGUACCCCGCGGCGGUCUUCGCGAGUUGCCGGGUCGACGCGGACCCGGGCCUCCACGAGCUCGCCGUGGCCCGCGGCGUGGCGCACUUCCCGUCCUUCGUGCUGUCGCGGGGCGAGAAGAAGCUGGCCGUCGUCGCGGCGUCGAAGAGCGACGAGGCGCGGACGAUCCCCGCGCUCGUCGCCGCGAUCGAGCGCGAGCUCACGGACGACGACGACCACGCGUACGCGGCCUGGCGCCACCACGCGGCGUCGUCCCGGAGCGACGCGCCGCCCGCCGACGACGGCGACGACGGCGGCGACGUGCUCUGGACCUGGGACCUCGAGGCCGCGGGCGACGGCCUACGGGUGGAGGCGCUCGGCGCGACGGCGGUCCUGCCGAGCCGCGACGACCUGGACGACCUCGACGACGCGCGCGCGUGCUGGGAGUGGGCCAAGGACGACGGCAAGGCCGAGUGGCGCGCCAAGUGGGCGCCCUUCGAGCCCCAGACGCAGACGUUCCUCGAGAUCGCCUUCCUCUCGGGCAAGCUCUACCGGGAGCAGAGCGUCACGGACGAGGGCGACAACGGGCUCCACGUCUACUUCUCCGACGACGACAUCGACAUCGACACCUACGUCGUCUCCGGCUUCAAGGGCUACCGCACGUCGGACUACGAGGACAUUCGGCUAAGACGCAAGGGCUACCGCGCGAUGGUCCUCGGCGAGGAGGCGUACCUGAGCAAGCGCCAGGAGGCCAUCGACCGGCGGAACGCGGAGUGGCGCGACCAGUACGAGGCCUACAGCGCGAAGCGCCGCGAGGCGCGCCGCGGCCGCGACGCCGUCGCCGUGCGCGGCACGGCGCCCCUGCAGCGGGACUCGGGCGUGCACGCGUGGCGCCUCCGGUGGACGCACGCGCCGGGCGCCGGCGGCCGCGGCGACGGCUGCGGCGUCGUCGCCGAGGGCUCCGAGGCCUUCGGCCCCGCGCUCUACCCGUGCCUCGGCGGGCCGGACUGCGACGGCGGGAGCCUCGGGCUCCACGCCUCCGGCGAGCUCUGGGUCGCGGGAACCGAGGCCGCGCGCGUCGGCGCCGGCGGGCUGCUCUGGUCCGAGGGCGACGAGGUCGCGUGCGUGUUGGACACGUCCGACGGCGGCAGCCUGUCGUUCUCCGUCAACGGCGUCCCGGUCGACCGCGUCGUCGAGGACGUCUUCGAGACGCUCGGGUGCACGGAGUGCUACCCGGCCGUGUCGCUCGCGCCUUUGGACGACGACGGCGGCCGCGCGGCCGCCAAGGACGCGGCGCUCGGGCUCGCGGCGUCCAAGGGCGCGGAGAAGAAGGAGGACGAGGAGCACGAGGAGAACGGCGGCGACGACGACGACGAGGACGCCGCGGACGAGAUCAUGUCCAAGGAGCCCUGGGAGCAGCUGCAGAUCCUCGAGCUCGCGCAGCUCACGCGCGUCGCGCCGGAGAAGAUCGUCAAGCUGAACGCCAAGCAGCGCGCGGAGCUCGAGCGCGUCGCGCGGCCGCCCGUCGCGACGGUGACCAUCGUCGACGGCGCGCCGGACCCGCCGCCCGCGACGCCCGAGCGGCCGCGGAAGGCGCGCGCCGCGUCCGACGCGUCCGAGGCGCCGUCCGAGGACGACGACGGCGACGACGACGACGCGCCGGCGGCGAAGAAGAAGGCGCGGGCCGGUAAGAAGGCGGACGCGGAGGACGACGACGUGCCGCUCCACAAGGUCCGGUGGAUGCGCGAGACGCCGAACGGAUGGGUCGCGCACGACGCCAAGGUGUCCGCGGCGCUGGAGCGCGCGAAGCGCCUGGGCAAGCUCGAGACGUCGCUCCACGUCGGCGGCGAGAGCUUCACCUUCAAGCUCGCGGCGGGCGGCGGCGACGGCGGCGGCGGCGACGAGCCGCUCCAGAUCCCCGACGGCGGCGGCGAGGCGUCCAAGCUGCGGCGCCAUUUUGUGGGAGAGGGUCUGCGGGGCCAGUGGGAGCUGCUGAGCGUCAAGUACACGCCGCCGGCGUCGCUCUACGGCGCGAGCGUGCUGGGCGUCAUCGAGAAGGUCUGGUCGGGCGACGAGUCGUUCGCGGGCGCGAAGUACGGCUUCGGGUUCCUGCUGCUCUACGCCCUGUUCCAGGGCGACCUCAAGGCCCACGUCUGCGGCUCGUCCUGGAGCACGGGCGGGCUCUGGGGGAGCCUGGGCUGGGGCUCCGUGGGCAGCGACCGGCCGCGCGACGGCGCGGCGUUCGCGUCGUUCCCGGGCAAGAAGGCGAAGCAGACCAACGACUCGCACCGCCUGGCGCUGCUGCUGACGCAGCUCUACAGCGACCGGCGCGUCAAGAGCGUCUGGGGCUCCCUGGUCAACGUGCUGGGCCGCAACAAGCAGCUCUGCGUGCGGCUCCCGCGGUUCCGCGACUCGCGGCGGAAGCGGCGGUCGAACAUCUUCAACGGCUGGGUCGACGACGCGGAGCCCAAGAGCCCCCUCGGCGAGCUCUUCGAGCAGGUCGUGCCCGUCAUGCAGAAGCUGCGCAAGCGGCGCGGGGCCUUAUUGUUUCCCCCGAAGCCGCCGCACGACGCGCUGCCCGCGCCGCGGCGGUCGCGGCCCGUCGUCGACGCGGACGGGUGCGCGCUGCCGGAGCUCAGCGACGCGGGCCGGUCGUCCUUCGAGGCGUCGGGCGUCACGGAAACGCAGAUCCUGGAGCUGGCGAAGCGCGCGGGCUUCGACCUCGCGUUGCCGGAGGACCGCGCGGCCGACGGGCGGCCGCGCGCGCCGGCGCACUGCGACGACGGCGACGGCUGGCGCGCCUGGGCCGACCGCGAGACGCGGCUGGCGGAGGCCCGCCAGUACGACAAGGUGCUCCUCGUGGCCUACUUCCGCGCGUCGUGGUGCGCCGCGUGCCGGUCGAGCGACGCCGUCGUCAAGGCGCUCGCGCUGUCGGCGCCGACGGCGCGCUUCGCGACGCUCGACUUCGACGACUGCGACGACGUCGCCGCGGCCGUGGGCGUCGUAGGCACGCCCUGCUGCGUCUUCUUCCGCGGCGGCGGCACCAAGGCCCACGCGAAGCUCGACUGCACCGCGGCGCCGCGGGGCGACGGCGACGACUUCGCCGCGUCUUUGGUCAAGGGCCUCAUGGACGCGUCGACGCCCGACGAGAAGCUCAAGCUGUCGACGGCCUUCAACAAGGCGCUGGAGACGGCGGGCGCCCAGGCGUCGGAGCGCGAGCAGCUGCGGGCGCUGCGGGAGGCCGCGGGCGGCGAAGCGUCGACGUACUCGGCCGAGGCCGCGAAGAAGGCCGCGGCGCGCCUCGCGGCGUCGCCCGCGGCGCUCGCGACGCUGACGCUCGAGCCGACGCGGGACUUGCGGGAGGCCCACGUGUUGCGACGGGAACGGGCGUCGAGGCGCGGGCGGGACCUCGCGGCGCCGUUCGCCGUCGUCGCGGCCCACGACGCGGCGCGGACGCCCGUCGCGGCCGCGUUCCUCGAGCGCAUGCGGUCCGACGCCGCGGACCUCGCCGCGGCGCGGGGCGGGUGGGAGCCCGCGCUCGCGGCCCUGCCGGCGGACGCGGCGGCGCUCUUCGACGGCGACGGCGACGCGCUGCGCGACGCGCGCGCGGGCGUAUCGAAGCUCGCCGCGGACGUCGAGGCCGCGCGGCGCGAGGACAGCGUCGCCGUGGCCCUCGCCGUGCCGCUGCUCACGCGGGCGGCGAACGACGUCUCCGGCGGCGACCCCGCGGCGACCUGCGCCUUCGUGCUCGCGCGCCUCGCGGGCUCCGCGGCGGAGCUCUGGCCCGAGUUCGUCUUCGGAGCGUUGCUGUCGUCGAAAGGGGAGGAAGACGUGCGCAAGUUGAACCCGUUCCUCGACGGCGCAUCCAUAGAAACGCUCCUGGAGCUCGUCGCCGCGACCAUGCUGCGGGCGAACCGCGUCGGCGUGCUGAGCCGCGUCGCGGGCGACUGCGCGGCGUUGGACGAGAAGCUCGCGGCCGCGGCGGCCGCGGGGGACCGCGGGGCCGCGGCGGCGGUGCUGGGGCCCCAGAUCCGCCAGAUCGCCAAGUCCCUGGCGGCGACGCUGAGCUCGACGCGGGCCUACGCGCGGGCGACGGCCCGCGGCGUCGGCCUCGACCCGCGGUUCCUCGUCUUCGAGUUCGUCUGGAACCUCUUUUUAAGACCCAAGCAGGUCGAGAUCGUCGAGAAGCUCCGGAGCGACGCGCUCGCCGGGCGGUCCACGGUGAAGCAGAUGAUCAUGGGCGCGGGCAAGACGACGGUCGUGGCGCCGCUCCUGGCGCUCAUGCUCGCGGACGGCGAGAGUUUAGUGGUGUCGGUCGUGCCCAAGGCGCUCCUCGAGAUGACGCGCGCGCGGCUCCGGGCGACCUUCGCGACGAUCAUCGCGAAGCGCGUCUUCACGUUGCACUACGACCGCAGCACCGUGCCGAGCCCGCAGCUGCUGGCGUCGCUCGUCGCCGCGCGCGACGCGAGGGCGGUGGUGGUAGCGACGCCGACGUCCGUCAAGUCGAUCAUGCUCGGCUACGUCGAGGCUUUGCGGCGCGCGCGCGACGGCGCCGGGCCGGCGCCGGGCGUCGACGAGCUGCGGGGCGUGCUCGAGCUCUUCCGCGGCGGCGCCAUGCUCCUCGACGAGGUCGAUUUGUUGCUCCACCCGCUCAAGUCGGAGCUCAACUUCCCCGUGGGCGAGAGGCGGCCCCUGGACGGCGCGGACGCGGGCGAGCGCUGGAGCCUGCCCAUGGCGCUCGUCGACGCCGUCUUCUACGCGUCGCACCGGCGGUCCUACGCCCUCGAGGCGCGGGGCGAGGUGCUCGAGGCCUUAGAGCGGCUCCGCGCCGCGGUCGACGGCGGCUACGACCGCAUGGCCUUCCAGCGGCUGCCGCACCUCACGCUCCUGGACCCGGCCUACUACCACGCGCACGUCAAGCCGCCCCUGGCCGCCGUCGCCUUCGCCUGGCUCCAGGGCUCGCAGCACCUCGCGGGCAUCUCGCGGGCGGACGCGCUCGACUACCUGCUCCGGGGCGCCGUCGCGACGUCGGACGUCGACGCGCGACGGAGGCUCCUGGAGGAGGCCGCCGACGCCGACGGUGCCUCCCCGGAGCUCGCGGCGGCGCUCGGCGCGGCGAGGAGCUACGGCGAGCUCUACGCGGCCGUAAGGGCGAUCGAACGCGAGGCGGACGCGACGACGUUCGCGGCGGCGCGGGACCUCGCGGCGCUCGACGGGCGCCUCGCGGCGGCGCGGAGGCGGCUCGCGGACGCCGAGGACCCGCCGGACGCGUCCCUGGACAACAGCGUCGUCGUCUGGCUCGCGCCGGCCUUCGCCGCGGGCCGCGCGGGCGCGGGCGCGGCGCUCGACUUCGACCGCGACGGCGCGGCCGACGGCGACGCCGCGGGCGCCGUCGCCGCGACCUGCGUCAAGCUCGAGGAGUCGCUGGGCGUCGCCGUGAAGCGCUGCGACGACCGCCACGAGGCGCUCGCGCGGUGCCGCGACCUCGCGCGGCAGAAGCGGCUCCGGUGCGUCGUCUGCGGCGGCGGCGAGCGCCGGCCCGUCUGCGGGCCGUCGUGCAACCGGUCCCACGUCAAGGACGGCGCCUGCGUGCGCUGCGGCAACGGCUGGGGCUACCACAACGGCCACAUGUGCCAGAACGGCGCGCGCGGCGCGUGGCCGCUCCGGCCCAAGGGCCGGAGCCGCGACGACGACGACGACGACGACGCCGCGCGCGCGUCGUCCAAGGUCGACGGCGAGGCGCUGCUGCGGGAUUUGGUCGGCGGCGGCGAGGGCGCGGCGGCGCCCGUCGUGGCGCCGAGCCGCUGCCUCGUCUUCGUGGGACACGGCGCGCAGCCCGAGGCCGCGCGCGCGCGGCUCUGGGGCCUCGGCGUCGCGUCGACGGACGCGACGGACGGCGUCUGCGACUGGGUCGAGGCGCGGCCGCCCUGGCCCGCGCCGGACGCGGCCCCGGCGGGCGACGACGAGCCCGCGGCCUCGAAGCGCGCGACGUCGACGGAGGUCGCGACGGCGCGGCUCGAGGGCCUCCGCGCGAUCGUCGACGGCCUCGAGCGGCGCCGCGCCGCCGCCGUCGACGCCGACGACGCCGCGCGCCGCGCGCUCCGGGCCCGCGCCGCCGACGCCCACGACCGGCUCAGGCGCGCCGUCGCCGCGCGGCUCGCGCGGCUCCGAUCGUUCGGCGACGUCGCCGCCGGCGGCGCGGACGACGCGCCGCCGGACCCGGCGGGCGGCGUCGCCUGCGCCCGCGCCCUCGACGCGCUGACGCGGGGCGGGGCCCUCGACGAGUGCGCGCGCGCCGCGCUGGCCGGCGAGGCGCGGUUCCUCGAGCGGCUCCGCCUCGCGUCCGCGACGACGGCGCUCGUCGCGUCGCCGCACCAGAAGAAGCUGCUGAACCUCGCCGCGGACUGGCUCGGCACCUUCAUGCCCCACUGCCUCGCCAAGGUGAACCGCGUGAGCUACGGCUUGCUCGAGGAGCGGGAGAUCGCGCGCGCGCUGAAGGACGACCCGCGCGUGCCGCGGUCCCGUUUGAAGCUCGCGGUGCCCUUCGUCGGCAAGGACGUGCCGACGACGGCGUCGGAGUUCGCCCACCCGGACGUGACCAUCGGGCUGACGAUUUUAGCCUACCGCUACAGCGGCCUGCGCCGCGAGGACUUCGACGACGUCGCCGACGCGCUCACGGCCGACUUUUGCCGCGAGAUCGGCCCCGCGCGCGACCGGCCGUCGUCGCGGCGCCACGAGCUCUGGGUGCUGAGCGCCGGCGGGAGCAUCCGCGGCCUCGGCCGGGGCGCGGGCGACGACGACUCGAAGACGGUCGUCCAGCUCAAGUUCCUGCAGCGGUCGAACGCGGACCAGAUGGACCGGCUCUACGGCCUCUGGCGCCGCGAGCCCCACGCGAUCCACCACUUCCUGGGCGCGAAUGUGAUGCCGACGCACAUGCGCACGCAGCGCCUCAAGAUCUCCGCGAGCGGCCAGGCCGUCGGCGGCGACAUGCUCUUCCCGCGGCGCGUCGGCUUCUCGGGCACGCCGUCGGAUUUGCUGCCCCUCGAGCUCGGCAAGUGCGGCUACGAGAAGGGCGACGACGCGGCCAUGUUGGAUGUGGUGUUGGACCCCGAGGUCACGGAUAUUACGCACCUCGACGUCGGCUGGUCCGUCGCGAACGUUCUCGAUUUAGCGGCCGCGGCGACGGAGCCGCGCGUGCACGCGCUGAUCGACACCGGCGCGCUCGUCACGGGGCUCCGGAACCUCGAGGUCGCCCGCCAGCUGCUGAAGCGGGGCCUGCCCUGGUGCGACGGCGUCGUCUACCUCGACCACGACGACAAGAAGCAGGUCCUGGUGAGAGCGACGGGCCGGUCGAUGCCCGAGGAGCAGUGCGGCGUGCCUUUGGAGCGGCGCUUCGCGUUCUACGACAUGGUCCACACGACGGGCAUGGACAUCCGCCACGUGGCCAACGCCACGGCCCUCGUGACCCUGGGCAAGGACAUGGUCUGGCGCGACUACGCGCAGGGCGUCUACCGCAUGCGCGGCGUCGGCAACGGGCAAAAGGUCCGCGUCGUCCUCAUCCCCGAGGUCCGGCGCCUGCUCCGCCUCGAGCUCGCGGGCUGCGAGGCCGCGGCGGAGGAUGGAAGCGACCUCGAGCGCGUCGUCGCCUGGCUCGUGGUCAACGCGCUCAAGUCGGAGCAGCUCCAGUGGUCCAUGCUCUGCGCGCAAAACCUGAAAAAUGUGUAUCGCAAGGCCGCGUUCAAAGCGCUCCUUGACGAGGAGACGCCGACCGACGGCGCGCUGGACGUCUUCGAGGAGGCCAUCGACGUGUCCCUGGAGGCGUCCGUGCCGGACCCGGCGCCCUUCGCGGCGAAGCUGAAGAUGCUCGUGGACCGGCACUCCGCGUUCUGCGCUUCCGAGUCGGACCGCGCGACGGCCGCGCGCGUGCUCGCGGACGUCGCGGCCCACGCCGUGGAGCGAAAGAGCCGCGGCGGCAAGCGCCUCGACACGGAGCAGGAGCGCGAGCAGGAGCAGGAGCAGGAGAAGGAGAUCCGGGCCGCGCGCGACCAGCGCGUCGAGGUCGAGAAGUUCGUCGAGCGCGAGUAUUCCCGCGACGCCGAGGCCGCGAGCCCCUGGCCCCUGUCGGCGCUGGCGGCCUUCGAGCCCGCGGUGGACGACGACGACGCGCCCUUUUUUCCGCUGGCGGAGCUGGCGCUGCGGCACCACGAGCCGCUCGCGUUCCCGGGGCAGCUGCUCGCGUCGCGGAACUACUUCAGGCGGUCCUGGGGGGGCCUGCGGCGCCUGCGGAACGUCGUCGUCGUCAUGGAGUGGGCGCCGCGCGGCGGCGGCGGAAAUGGCGCGCCGCCGCCGCCGCCCGCGGACGGCGCCGCGCGGCUCACGGAAAGGCAGGCGACGGCCGUGGCCAAGGCGCACGCGCUCUUCCGCGGCGGCGACGCGGCCAUGAGCCGCGACGCGCUGCGCGACGCCGUGGAGACCGUGGAGGACGUCGACGAGCCCUGCGGCGAGGCGAAGCUCGACGGCGUGCUCGCGGAGUUCGGGACCCCGGGGGGGUUGUUGGACGAGGCCGGCUUCGCGCGGCUUUUGGCGUCCGGCGGCCUGCACCCGCGCACGGACGGGCGCUACUACGUGCUCCUGUCGCUGAGCGAGGCGGAGACGCUGCGCCGCGCCCUCCACGCGCGGGGCGACGCGCCCCUGGCGACGCGCGGGGACGGCGCGACCCCGGACGUCGCGCUCCGCUACUCGCCGCUCGCGGGCGGCGACGCGCCGCGCGUCGACGGCUCCGCCCCGGAGAGGCCCGGCGGCCCCGGCGACGGCGGCGUGCUGCUCGACGCCUCGCCCGCCUGGUGGGCCCGGGCGUCGGCGCCGCCGGGGCGCUGCUCGUUUUCGCCGACGGGCGCGACGCGGUCCGAGGCGGCGGUGGCGCACGCGUGCCUCCGCUUCUUCGACGGCGACGUCCACUUUGGCGAGGCGAGCCUCCACGCGCUCGUGCGGGCCCUCGCUGCCGUGCCCCCCCGGCGGCGGCGGAUCUACUUUUCCGCGCUCGCGGCCGCGCGGCGCCGCUUCGACCGCGACCCGGGCCGGACGCCGCUCGGCCGCGCGUUCGAGCUCGAGGACGGCUUCGCGCUUUUAGGCCGCCGCGCGACGGCGCGCUUCCUGCGGAGCGCCAUCGCGAAGCGGGGGCUCGGGCCCUGGCGCGCGUUCCUCGCCUUCGACUCGUCGAACACGGGGCGCCUCGCGCCGCCGGAGGUCUUCGGCGCGCUCCGGUAUCUCGGCGCGGGCGCGGACGUCGUCGAGGCCGAGGACGUGCUCGACUUCGUGGGCCACUACGCCGACGGCGACGCGGCCGUCGACGCCGCGCGCGCCGCCGCGGGCGGCGACGCCGGCGCGGGCGACCGCCUCGAGCUGAGCUACCGCGCGUACGCUCGGGCCCUGCGGGUGGACGCGGACGCGGACGACGCGGAGGCGGGCGGCGACGACGCGCUGGCUGUCGCGCCCCACGGCGCGGACGAGCUGCGGGCCGCGGAGCUGAGAAGGCGGCGCCUGGCCAUCGAGGCCGCGGCCGCGGAGCGCGCGCGGUCCGCCGCGCGCGCGGAAGCCCUGGACGCGCGCGUCUUCGACGAGGAGCUUUUAGAAGCCGAGCGGCGCCACGGCGCCGCGGGCGUGAACCCCGCCGUCGCCGACGCCGGCGACGGGGCGACGCGCACGGUCUUCGACUUCGGCCGCGGCCGGCUGCCGCUGCGCUGCGCGGCGCUGGGCCCGUCGUCGCCGCGCGGCGCCGCGGCGUCGCCGCGGCGCCGCGGGGGCGAGGGCCUGGACCUCGUGCGCCUCGACUUUUCGCGCGUCGCCGCGCGGCCCGUGCCGGAGCUGCUCUGCGCCUGCGGCCACGCGCUCAGCGUCUACGAGAGCUCCUGGGAGCGGUGCGGCCGCUGCCGGCCGCGCGACGACCGGGGCACGACGCGGAUCUGCUGGGAGUGCUACGUCAACGUCUGCGAGCGCUGCGUGCGCGGCCACCGGCGCGCGGAGCUCGCGAAGCGCGCGGACACGGCCGGCCGGGCGACGUUCGCGCGCUGCGCGACCGGCGCGGGCGUCGCGCUCCACGUGCCGGCGAAGGCGCUGCGCUUCGCGCACCCGCGGCCCCUCGAGCGCUACACGCUGACCCUCGACGUGCGCCUCGACCGCCUCCCGGCGCCGCGGGCCCACGCGGCGCUCGUGUGCCUGAACCCGGCGGGGCCCCGGCGCCGCGCGUCGCUCUACGUCGACGCCGACGGCGCGCUCGCGCGGCCGCGCGACGUCGAGGGCGACGGCGCCGCGGCGCCGCCGCCGGCCGCGCGGCUGCGGCCGGGCAAGUGGCACGCCGUGUCCCUCGUCGUCGACGCCGCCGCGGGGACGCUCGAGGCCUUCGUCGACGGCGCCGCCGCGGCGUCGAUCGCCGGCGGCGACGCCGCGGACCUCGCGCUCGGCCGGUCCCUGCACCUCUUCGCGGGCGGCGCGCGCGCGCACGCGCGCGGCGGCGGCGUGCGCCGCGUCGUGCUGCUGUCGACGGCGCUCGACGCGGCGGCCGUCGCGGACGUCGCCGCGAAAUCGGCCGCCGAGAACCCGGAGUUCCUCGCGUGCGCAACGCUCGUCCAGAAGGUCGCGCGCGGCUUCCGCGUGCGCCGCGAGGCCGAGAAGGAGGAGGACGACGACGAGGAGGAGGAGGACGACGACGACGAGGAGGACGAGCGCCGGCGCGCGCGGAGGAAGAAGAAGAGCCACGACGACCGCCGACGCGCGGUCGUCGGCUCCGCGAAGACGACGGCCGCGCGCGCGGGCUCCGCGCGGCCCAAGACCGCCUAG